AUGGGGAACACAAUGAGCACUCCAGAGGAAGGUGAAGAAGACAAUGCAUGUACAGUGAAGAGCUAUCAGGCUCUAUCUGAAUGUCCUGACAGUAUUAAAAAUGGAUCUGUUGCAUUUGUUCAGACUCAUUCUCCUGCAACGAGCAAUGAAGUGGAUGCAAAGGCAAGUGUUGCACGGGAUAAUGUGGCCGUUUCUUCCCCAAAGACAAUGGAGCAGAGCCCGGGUGCCGAGGCGGGCGGGCAGAGCCUCGGGAGCGCUGCCAGGAGAGCUCUGCCAUCUGCCAGGGCCCGCUCUGUCUUUGCCUUCGCAUGGGCUGUACCAGGGCGUACCGGAGACCCAGCUACGGAUUCAUCGCUUGCAUCGGCGAAACUUGAUGUCAGCUCAGAGGCGCCCGACGCGAACAAAGCAGCGAGUGAGAGCCCGGAGGUUCCCGCGGCAGCUGCGCCGGAGGAAGGAGCACAUAAAAACCUGAGCCGGGCCCCUCCGGCCGCAGCGCCCCGUGGCAGCGCCCUCACGGCACCAGCGACACCUGAGGGAGAGGAUGCGGCCACCUCGAAGCCAAAACAAGUAACCUUCUUUGACAGGAUCUUCAAACUGGAGAAGGGGAGCGAAGGGAGGAAAGCACAAACUGAUAGCCAAGAGGAAAGGCGGGCUUCCGAGCUUCCCGACGGGAGCAUCCCAGUGAAAGAGGCUGCUGGAUUACAGACCACAUCAAACAGUGUCCCACAGGGGAAGGAGAUAGAUGACUGCAACCAAAAAGACCUACGCCAGGGCUCGGCAGGUGUCAACCGUCUUGCUGCUGAAGGACCUGAAAAGGCAGAGGUAAAAGGAGAGAGCCCAGCACCAGCUGCUGCAGCAGAUAACUCCGUCAUGAGCUUCCUUAAAACGCUGGUCUCCCCAAGCAAAGCUGAAGCCAAAAGUGAUUCUGAAGACAAGGGAUCAAAAGCGGAAAAAGGCCAUGGGGGGCAACCUGCUCCGAAGACAGCGGCAGAAUCCCAAACGAAAGGAGCCAAGAAAAAGAAGGCAGAGUCCCCCAAGCUAGGACACAGUACAUUUAGCAAACUCUUCAGGCAUAAGGCUGCAAAAGAGACCCAACAGACAACUAAUACCAAAAGCACUGAACAGCAGCCUGUUACCUCUGUAAAAUCAGACAAAAAUGUCCCUUCCUCUCAAGAGCCACAGACAUCUAAGCCAAAUACAAAAGCCCCUGAGCCUGCAGCCCAACAGCAGGUACCGGCCAGUGAAGUCCCCAAAGAGGCAACAAAGGAGAAAGCAUCAUCUACCCCCAUGCCACUGAGCAAGCUCUUUUGGAAAAAGAACGCAUCGGACGAAGCAGAGAUCAUAAGCAACGAAAAAGCAGACGCCUCUUUAGAAGCUGUGACUCCUGACAAAGAAGAGAGGAAAAGCCCCGAAGUCGCAGAAGUGAAACCUAGGCGAGAGGAAAGUAAAACUCCCAAAGCCAACCUGCGCAAGUUCUUUAAGCUG